GCAUCACGCUACUGCUUGCUCGCACAGACGGACAAGCAAGCAACCAGCAGCGUCUGUUUGGCCAAACUAAAGUGUGCUGCUGCUGUGUGAACGGCAUUACACACACGCCAAACAAACCGACAUGGAGGAGAUGUUUCGGGGACAAGACCGUGGUGAGAGAGCCGACCGGAGGAUGUAACGGCAGCUCCCGGGCCGUUGGGACUGCACGAGGAACGCAGAAUACAAAAGGAACCGCCGAGAAGAGGAUGCAAUGGUGGGGAGAGCAGCAGCAGCCGCAGCAGCAGUAGUGGGAGCGGGUUUCACUUAGCUAAAUCCGAGCUGAAAUCACCAUUACCUUUGAAACUGGGCUAUAAAUGCAAGAAAGUCCUCCAGCAUGUCGGAUCCAAGUCACUGGUCUGCGGUGCCAAACCAGAACAAGUCUCAAUAUGUUCCGAGAGCUUUACUGAAGCGCUCAAAAAGCUGUCGCAGCAGCAACAGAAAGAGCCUCGGUGUCGGGACGCCGUCACCCACGCUGUCCCGGCCGCUCUCCCCGCUCUCACUCCACACAGCUGCGAGCAGCCCUCUAGACAGCCCUCGAAAUGUGUCGACCAGUACCUGCCUCAACUUUCCAUUUGCCCGAAGUCACUUGGCUCGGGCCGACAGAGCUGAGGGCCGGAGAUGGUCCCUGGCAUCCCUCCCCUCGUCUGGCUAUGGAACCAACCCACCAAGCUCCACUGUCUCGUCCUCCUCAUCCUCCCAGGAGCGUCUUCACCAGCUUCCCUACCAGCCAACACAAGAUGAGCUGCAUUUCCUCUUCAAACACUUCCGCAGCACAGACAGCAUGACUGACGAGGAUGGGCGGCCCUCAACUGUCAUACGACCACGUUCUCGGAGCCUCAGCCCAGGGCGAUCCAAUGUUUCCUUUGACAACGAGAUUGUCAUGAUGAACCAUGUUUACCGAGAACGUUUCCCAAAGGCCACAGCCCAGAUGGAGGAGCGCUUGUUAGAGAUUAUCACCCACUGCUCUCCAGACAGCUCCCUCCCGUUGGCUGACGGGGUGCUGGGUUUCAUCCAGCACCAGUUGUUCGAGCUGGUUAGAGACUGUCUGGACAAGUCCCAGACAGGCCUGGUUACCUCCCCCUACUUUGCUGAGCUGCAGGAGAAGCUAGAGAAGCUGCUUCACGAGGCCUACGAGCGUUCUGAAAGCGAGGAGUUAUCUGUCAUCAACCAGCUGGUGAGGAAGAUCCUCAUCAUAAUCUCUCGGCCCGCUCGCCUCCUAGAGUGUCUGGAGUUUGACCCGGAAGAGUUUUAUCACUUACUUGAGGCAGCAGAGGGUCACGCAAAAGUUGGGCAAGGAAUCAAGACGGACAUCCCACGCUACAUUAUCAGCCAGCUGGGUCUGACGCGGAACCCAUUAGAAGACAUGGUACAGCUUGAACAGUAUGAGGCCAGUCCUUCAGUGACGAUGGAACCAGAUGGUAAUGUGGAGAGUAAAGCACCACAGAUGCUGACACCGACUCGAAGGAAACCUUUUGAGAGUGAUUUUGAUACCAUCAAACUCAUCAGCAAUGGAGCUUAUGGGGCCGUGUAUCUGGUUCGUCACAAGGAGACCCGCCAACGGUUUGCCAUGAAAAAGAUAAAUCGUCAGAACCUGGUCUUGAGGAACCAGAUCCAGCAGGCUUUUGUGGAGCGAGACAUCCUGACUUUUGCCGAGAACCCCUUUGUUGUCUCCAUGUUCUGCUCUUUUGAGACACGACGUCACCUGUGCAUGGUCAUGGAGUAUGUGGAAGGUGGCGAUUGUGCGAACUUGCUCAAGAACAUGGGCCCAUUGCCUGUAGAAAUGACAAGGUUGUACUUUGCUGAAACAGUCCUGGCCCUGGAGUAUCUUCACAACUAUGGUAUUGUGCAUCGGGAUCUUAAACCUGACAAUUUGUUGAUCACAUCCAUGGGCCACAUCAAGCUGACAGACUUCGGCUUGUCUAAAAUUGGCCUGAUGAACAUGACCACCAACCUGUAUGAGGGUCACAUGGAAAAAGACACAAGAGAGUUUGUAGACAAACAGGUGUGUGGCACACCAGAGUACAUUGCCCCAGAGGUGAUCCUCAGGCAGGGCUACGGGAAGCCAGUGGACUGGUGGGCGAUGGGGGUAAUCUUAUAUGAAUUCCUGGUCGGCUGUGUUCCGUUCUUUGGCGACACACCUGAAGAGCUUUUUGGACAAGUUGUCAGUGAUGAAAUCAUUUGGCCAGAAGGAGACGAUGCCUUACCUAUUGAGGCCCAGGAUCUGAUCACCCGCUUGCUCAGACAGAGCGCUUUAGACCGACUAGGAACUGGCGGAGCCCCCGAGGUCAAACACCACCCCUUCUUCCUGGGUUUGGACUGGAAUGGACUGCUGAGGCAGAAAGCUGAAUUCAUCCCUCAGCUGGAGGCGGAGGACGACACUAGCUACUUUGACACUCGUUCAGACCGUUACCAUCAUUUGGCGUCUGAUGAGGAUGAGGAAACCAAUGAUGAAGAGUCUUCCUUGGAAAUCAGACAGUUUUCUUCCUGGUCGCAUCGCUUCAGCAAGGUGUACAGCAGCACAGAACAUCUGGCAACGCCGUCCAACCUCAGCUUCUCCUCUGACCGCAGCCACAGCGAGGACAAGGAGGACCGCGGGGACAUGGGAGGACUCAGUUCCUCCCCAAGCCCAGCGGAGGGCAGACAUGCUGGACGCAUGGCCAGCCUUCGCCCUCGGGCCUCCUCCAGUUCCUCCCAGUCUGAGAGGAGCACCAGUCUGGUGAUGAGCAGCACCCACAGCCUGGAGACGAUGCCCCGCUUUGCCCUCUCCACUGAUGAUGAAGCUGAGGUAGUUGUGUCAAACCUUCGAAGGAUCAGGAUUCGCAGCAACAGCACCGGGGCCAAACACUCGUCCCCUAACGAUCUGGUCGGCACUCGGCGCUUUGGUAACCAGCUAGAGACGCCGGACAGACAGAGGCUUCCCUGUGGAGGAAAAGUUCCCAAGUCGGCCUCUGUCUCAGCCCUGUCUCUCAUCAUCACUACAGACGACUCACCCGGCGGCCUCCAGCCCAGUCCCAUCUCCCCACGCUCUUUGUCCUCCAACCCGUCGUCCCGUGACUCCUCCCCCAGCCGGGACCUUUCGCUCAGCCCCGGCAGCCUGAAGCCUCCCAUUGUCAUCCACACCUCAGGGAAGAAGUUUGGCUUUACCCUGCAGGCCAUCCGGGUCUACAUGGGCGACAGCGAUGUCUACACGGUGCAUCACAUGGUGUCGAGUGUGGAGGAGGGUAGCCCGGCUCACCAGGCAGGUCUCUGCACUGGAGACCUCAUCACCCAUGUGAACGGAGAGUCUGUCCAAGGCCUGGUCCACCCUGAGAUGAUGGAACUGCUACUGAAGAGUGGCAGCAAGGUGGCAAUUCAGACCAUAGCGCUUGAGAACACAUCAAUCAAAGUAGGUCCAGCUCGUAAGACCAAACACAAAGGCAAGAUGGCUCGUCGCAGCAAGAAGAGCAAGAGGAGAGAUAAUUACGACAGGCGACGAAGCAUCUUGAAGAAGCUGUCCAAGCAGACCACAGUGAUGCACAGCAGUCGUAGCUUCAACUCAGGUCUCCACCACUCAGUUUCCUCCAGCGAGAGUCUUCCUGGCUCCCCGACCCACAGCCUCUCCCCCGGUCCCUCCACACCCUGCCGGAGCCCAGCACCCGACCACCAGGCUUUUGAAAAUAACUCUCCUCAGAGCACAUCUCCUUGCUCCAGCUCUCCCAGUUCCCCCGCUGCACACAUUCGGCCCAGUUCUCUCCACGGCCUGGGCUCCAAACUCAGCACACAGCGCUACACCAAGGUGGGCCGCCGGAAGUCAACCAGCAACAUCCCCCCCUCGCCCCUGGCCUGCAACUCCUCCUCAUCCUCCACCCAGCCUCUUUCUCCACAGCGCUCUCCCUCUCCAAUGUCAGGCUUCGCCAAAACCCUUCACGCAUACCAUGGCAAAGCCCUGUCCCCGCCUACCAUUGUAAGACACAUUGUCCGGCCCCGCAGCGCCGAGCCACCUCGGUCUCCUCUACUGAAGAGGGUACAGUCAGCUGAAAAGCUGUCUGGUGUGUAUCAUUCUGAUAAGAAGUUGUACACCCCCCGCAGGCACACGCUGGAAGUACCGUUUUACUGUGAAGGUGACCUGCUGGGUGACUCGGAGGCAGAGAGUGCCUCUGGAGGCUCCCACUUUGGGGCCGAUUUCAGCAGGCUAGGGGGAUACAUCGGCAGCCAGAGGUUGAGGGAUUCUGGGAUUGAACGCUCGGAGCAGCUGGUCGUAAUGCGAAAGCUCAACCUGUCAGAGCGGCGAGACUCCUUUAAGAAACAGGAGGCGGUGCAGGAGGUGAGCUUUGACGAGCCAGAGGAGAAAACCAGCACCACAGUUACAGUGACCCCCACGGCUCCAGGACCCCAAACUCUUCAGCAGCAUCACAGGUCGGCCUUGAUGCUCACUCGACCCCAAACCAGCGUGGAGGUGGAGCUGGAAGUGCCGGUGGUGAGGAGGUUCACACUGGUGCCCCAGAUCGCCGUGCAGGGCUCAACGGAGAGCGAGCAGGAUGAGUGGGAGCCGUGUUCAGAUGGAGAGGAAACCCACGAGACACCCGAGCUGGAGGUGGACAUCACUUCAUCUCAACCACAACAGGCAGGACGUCCUCUUGGUGACAACAGCUGCAGCCAGGCAGCAGUAACCCCCUCCACUGGUCCUCAGGUCGGACCAUCUGCAGAGAAGUCUGAGUGCAGUGAGGGGUCUCCACAAAAAGAGCAUCUGAGAAAGUGACUCCCCACUGCACUCAUUUCAACUGCUCAUAUAUUUUCUUUUAUUUCUUUGAAAGGUGUAAACGCAUUUAAGAAACUUGUCUGGCAGAAAGAAUAGGAGGAGAAGAUUUUACUUGAAUUUUCUAGACGUAAAUAUUUGCCUCAAGGCAUUGCAAACAUUGUGGUAUUAUUUAUUACAUUUGGAAACUAUGAUAAGUUAGUAAUGGGGGAAAGAGGGAAGUUCUCAGUUUGAGUUGCCAGGGCUCAAAUGUUUUGUAUCCAUGAAAUGUGUUUGUCUUUUGACUGGAUUCUUUUUUGUAUAAAUGUCUAUUUUUUAAAGAAAUUGCCCUAGUACAGAAGAGUUUGAUAAUGCUGGGCAUACUUGUAGGACCAAAAGGUACGAUAAGUUAUUUUAGAAAAUGCAGUUGUAGUUAACUUUUUUUCUCUUGUCAGUUUAGGUCAGAACAGUUCAGCUAACUGUAGUAAUACUAAUAUUAUAUUGAUCUCCAUAAACCUAAGAAUGACCUUUGGUUCACACUGUGAACAACAUGGUGGAUGUGUCAUUUUCUGAUCAAUUGUCUCAGUUGUACAAGAUGCAACUACAACAUACUACUACCAUACUUAUAUAUAGUAGUAUGCCAAAUCAAAGAAGCAAAAAAAACAUGGCACUACAUUUAAGGAGAAAACGUCAACGCUUCAAAGCACUAAUUAGCAUGCAGGAAAAAGGUCUCUCAAGUUUGAUAGUUGCUCAAAACUGGGAAGCUUUGCACAGCUGAAAUUCUUCCACUUUUCACUUGUCAGACAUCUAUUGUUCAUUAUACAAUCACAUUUUUGGGGAAUGAACCAGGGCUGAAUUAUUGUUGCCAGACAGAAGACAGACAUGCAACUUCUUCACAUUUGUAAAAACAAAGAAAAGUUCUUCCACUUCCACUUGUUGAUCAUGUCCCUUGCAGCGUGAAUUCAUGGUCACAGCAUUGUUUUUCUUGGGUGUAGAACCGUCAGUGCAGGGUAAAAUUGCACACUAAAAGUACAAUCUGUCGCAUCUCAAAAGGGGUAUUAUGUGCCGUGAUAUCAGUGCAGUGUCCCCUAAGCCAUAGCAGUGAAGACUGUGAAGUUGUCAAUUCAAAUAAUUUGUUGUCAUCCCAACUCAACAUGUUUUUUUCCCCCCACUGCUAUUGUAAUCUUAACAUCUCAUUAAAAAUGUUGAGUUUUGAAGUCCUGGAUGUUCCAUAAUAAGACACACUCAGCUUUGUUGCUUCUCGAUAUAAACUUAGUAUGAUACCAUAUCUAAGAGUUAGCUCAAAUUUGGAAGCAGAUUCAGCAUGUCUUUCUGUAAUAACUGGUUCUACGCAAAGCAUGCAAUUUGCAGGAGUAAACAUUGAGCACCCAAAUCAAAGUCUACUUCUUCAAAGCCUAGAGAGAAAUAACUUUUAAAACAUUUUGGUAUUUAUUUUUUGGUCUUUCCUUACUUAGAAUAACAAUACAUUUUGUACUUGGAAAAGUGUUGGAUCCUCGUGUAUUUCUUUGGAGUAUCUUCCUGGGAAAAGUAGCUUUUCUUUGUUUUUUUACCUGAGCAUGUAAGCGACCCCAUGCCUACGAGACUUGUUCCUACUUAAUUUACUGUGUAGUGAUGUUUACAUCGAGGGGAAUUGAGUGCACUAAUGUCUUUUACAUGAAUGUUGAAGGUAAAGUGAAAAUGGCAGCGGGAAUCCCUCACAUUGAAUCCAAACCCAGGGCUUCGUCAAACAAAUGUUUUAAUGUCUUUGUAUUGUACAAAUAUUGAUGUAUAUUUUGAUAACAAGGAUGUUUGUAAUUCUGAAUGUGUUGAAGGACAUGAUAUGCACAUCGACAAUUUGAGGCACCAGGAUUUUGGGAAGUCUGACUUGAGGAAAUAUUUUGGAUGUACUGUACAUCUCGACUUUUAAGGUUUAUUGUCUUAUUUGUCAGUGUUUUUUUUUACCAACUUUCUCCUGAGUCUGCAGUUUCUAAAGUAUCAGAAUUGUUGACGUGUAACCGGAGUUCCUCUUCUUCUUUAAAUCUCAUGAUGACCUUUUACAGGAUGCUGUUGUUGUGUGGGUAAACAGCAUGGAGAGAUUGUCCCUGAAUGGAUCUGUUAUUUUUUGCAGUCUGACAGAAUUGUUUACAAUGAACAAACAUGCUAUGUACUGUACAAACAGUUAAUAUAUCCUGUGGCUGUUUAUGAAGAAACUAAACUCGUGAUACCAUGAAAGAAACAAGUAACAUAUCUGUUUGUGCUUUUGUUCUUUUAAAAAUGUUCAUAAAGAGUAAUUUAGCACCAAGCUGAGAAGCACUUAGUGUUUUUACAUGCCCUUAAGUAACUGGUUUAUUAUCAGCUUAUUGAAAAAUGCCUAUUUUUAUAGACGUUAUGCAAAGGACAACUCAGUUUUAUUAACUAGACUAAGGGCUGAGCGGAAACCUGUUAAGUAGAUCACUGCUGGGGAAAAACUGAUUUAUUGGCCAUAUAAACAUGUGUAAUGUUUUUUUUUGUACAUUUGCAUGAAAAAGAUAUACAGGUAAAGUAAUGCUGCAGAGGGAUGAAUUAAAAAAUGGUAAACGCGUCAGACAAAAAGCCAAUUUACCACUCUUUGAACUAGUGGCACAGUAAGAGAAAAUCUGUACUCUAAACAGUAGUGUAAAAAAGCUUGAUGGUUAAAUCAUAACAUAACACAUAAAAUGUGCCAGUCUUACUUCCAUAAUGAUUAGAGAUAACCCUUUUUGCAGUGCAUGUAUGCCUAAUUUCUCCGGAUAACCUGGUUUCUUAUGUGAAUGGGAACAUACAGUCUAAGCUUGAUUGAUCUUUACUGGUUGAAAGCUUCAGGUUUGUUUAGCACCUGUAAUCACACAGUGAUGUGACAGUGGUAAGAUACAAAUCUAAAUCUGCACUUCUUUUCACUACUGGAAAGAUUAGAUUCUCAGCUGGUGUUAAACUUGCUCUUAAAGAACAAACUGGCAGGUCAAACUGUACAUGUGCUUGUGUUCUCCUGUGAACUCUUCUGUUCAGUGCAUGCUGCAUGAGACAAGCACACAUCUGUAAUACUUGAUUGCAUGGUAUACCGGCGCUGUCGCCCUGUACUGUGUUGUCUUGUGCAACCAAUAAAAUUUGUAUUUCCCUUA